AUGCACACUGCCUCGAGUCGCCUGCAGCCGACGCACGCAGCAGCUACAGAAGUGCUGGUGGGCACGCAGAUGACGAUCAGCGGGCUCUCUUUCAGCAUGCGCCGCUGCGUCGGCAUUCCAGCCGAUGGUGGUGGGACGAGGAACGUGCAGGUGUCGUGGCAGCAGGAUGGCAGGGCUGAUUGCACGACGAUUCAAUUCUUCGAGACUCCCGACUGCACAGGACCAGUGGUGGACAUUCUCGCGCAGGGCAAGCAGAUGAUAUCGAAUGCCACGCUGCCCGCAGCAGUGGUGUCCGCCGGCUGCGACAUUGAUACCAGCAACACCACAGCUUCUUCCGAGUAUCCCGAUUCACAGAGUUCAAGCAUGGGCAAGUGUGGUUUCGACAGGCUCAACCCUUGCUUGGCGGGCUCGUGCAUCGACAGCGGCACGCAGCAGCACUCCUGUGUCUGCCCGCCCAACCUCUCGUCUCGUGGCACCUACUGCGCAAGAGAGGAUGACAGGGAGCCUGCUUCGUCCAUAACAGUGGCAGGUAGCGACUGGAGGUGCAAGGACGUGUACACCAUGUAUGGCCUCACGCUGCAGCAGUUCACCGCCAUGAACCCGGAUGACACAUGCUUUUCUGUGGCUCAGUUUCUCGGCAUCUCCAAGGAAAGCUUAAAGGAUUUCAACCCUGGUAUUAGCUGCUCCGCACGCCUCCCUGCGUUCCGCUCCCUGUGUGUGGAGCGCGACCCAGCCAAGGCCAGGUGGAGAUGCGUGAAGCAGAUACAGAUCGGCAGCGUGGUGGACUUCAAGCAGGUGGCGGCAUCCAAUGGAGUCACCCUCGUGGACCUCUGCAGGCUCAAUCCGUGGCUGUCCUUCCGUGAUGCCAAGGGCGACAGCUAUGGUGUAAGUUUGGCCAUAUGA